UUUUAUUCAUACCGAGACAUAUUACGUAAAAGAAGGAGACUCAUUUACGUGUGAAAUGGAAAAGAAUGAGCCGUGGUUUGAGACAGUUCAGUGGAAUUUAAUUACAGCUAAUGGAACAACUAUUACUAUCGCCAAUUGUGAUAAAUCUAAAACGUGUUUUGUUAUCUAUAAUCAAACAAACUUUUAUGCGUCUAAUACAGUUAUAGGUGUUCACAAUUUCUUUCGUACUAAUGUUUGGUCAAUCAGCUUGAAAGUAAAUCACCUUACAAGGGAAAUGGGACAGCUGAAGUGUUUGUAUGGUUUUUUUCAACGUGAUGAUGAUUGUUCAUGCAGCUUUGAUUUUGGAGUGGACAUUUUCCUUAUUCUGAAAAUAGCUAUUCCACUAGGAGUUGGCGUCCUUAUUAUAGUAUUAAUAGCUACCUGCUGCAUACGUAAGCGACGCAGAAGAAUUAAAAACAGGAGCGCACAGACACGCCAGAGCUCCAUUUUCACAGUUCAGCGUGAGCGUCAUGCAGGCAAUCAAACAUCUUCCAACACGGAUACCUCGCCCUGUGUCCAUCAUCUCCCCACAAGUACUCACGGUCGUCCCACAGCCUCACGUAAACACCUGAAUCAGAGAGAUCGACAACAUAGCCAGGACCCGCCGUCUUAUUCAAGUGUGUUCACGUCUGAUGGAGUACCUAGACGUCAAACAACAUCGCAUCAUAACGUCCAGCCGCUUCAGACAACGUGCCCGCAGAACGUCCAUCCACGUCUGCUCAUAUCACUAGACAUCGCUCACAGGUGUCACAACACCACAGAUACAAACGUUGUUCUGCGUACGGUUUGUCCAACGUGUCAGUUACCCGUGCAGACACGAGAGCUACAACAGCUUGCUAAUCCGGCUCUGUAGAUGGCCUUAAGACUUAACCGAUCAAAUAGAUGGGGGACUUUAACAAGCUAAAAAAAAAAACG